AUGGAACUCGCACUCUCUGCUUCGUCUUCUCUUAGAAUUUCUGCUUUAAACACUCACCGCAACACUUCCUCUCGUCAACCAAAGAAUCCCAUCAAGCAGACGAGCAAAUCAUUUGAUUUAUUCUUCAAAAUAUCUGAACAUUUGCCUUCAAGCAGUGGUCUUUGCAGUCUCAAAAGGAGCUCAAAACUAGGUCCAAACAGACAUUACAGGCGAAAUUCCAUCCGGGCCUGCAGUCAAGCUGGAGCAGCUGGAUCUGAUCCGAUAUUAAACAAAAUCUCGGAUUUCAAAGAUGCAUGUUGGAGAUUUCUAAGGCCUCAUACCAUACGAGGCACAGCUCUAGGUUCGACUGCUUUGGUGGCAAGAGCAUUGAUCGAGAACACAAACCUGAUCAAGUGGUCUCUGCUGUUAAAGGCAUUCUCUGGUCUUUUUGCUCUGAUAUGUGGGAACGGAUAUAUAGUCGGCAUCAAUCAAAUCUAUGAUAUUGGAAUAGACAAGGUUAACAAACCUUAUUUACCUAUAGCUGCUGGAGAUCUUUCAGUACAAUCUGCAUGGUUGUUGGUGAUAUUUUUUGCAGUAGCUGGGGUCUUGAUUGUUGGACUAAACUUUGGUCCAUUCAUUACUUCUCUUUACUGUCUUGGCCUUUUCUUAGGCACCAUCUAUUCUGUUCCUCCACUUCGAUUUAAGAGAUUUCCGGUUGUAGCAUUUCUUAUAAUUGCCACGGUACGGGGUUUUCUUCUUAAUUUUGGUGUGUACCAUGCCACCAGAGCUGCCCUCGGACUUCCUUUUGAAUGGAGCUCACCGGUGGCAUUCAUUACAACCUUUGUCACACUGUUCGCGCUGGUGAUUGCUAUAACAAAAGAUCUUCCGGAUGUAGAGGGGGAUCGCAAAUAUAACAUAUCAACUUUAGCAACUAAACUUGGAGUUAGAAACAUUGCAUUUCUUGGUUCUGGGCUUUUACUGGUGAAUUAUGUUGGUGCUAUAAUAGCAGCUAUUUACAUGCCUCAGGCUUUCAGGCGUAGCAUAAUGAUACCUGCACAUACGCUCCUCGCACUGAGCUUGAUUUUCCAGGUGUGUUUCAUGGGAUUACUAAGUAAAUUGAUUAGCACUGUGACUAGGAUGUGA